GAUGAUGUUUCAGUUGCCAUUUUUGCUUUCUUCCGAAUGCAGGGAGCUCGCAAAAGAUUUUGUUGUAGCUGGCACUGCCUCAGAGUCUCUUUAUGGUGCCUGUGAGUCAAUGUUCAAGGAGGACAUGGAACCUGAGGAAUUGUUUGAAACGGUUUCACAAUCUCUCCUUUCAUCAGUAGAUCGUGACUGUCUAGUGGUUUGGGGAGGACAUGUAUAUGUUGUCACGCCUACAGAAGUGAAGGAAAGAAUCUUGAAGGGAAGGAUGGAUUGAACGAAGCCAAGUGAUUCUCAAGAUUCUUGAUUUCCAGACUUUUAAACUCAGUUUAUUUUUCAUUUGCUAGCGUUCCAGUCCGAUGUUAUAGUGAUGUAAAAUUCUGGAAAUUUUGAUAUAC